AUGGACUUUCACGUCCACAGAGAGUCAUCACUGGCGCCAGUGUGGGUGUCCUUGCCAAUGCUGCCAAUUCAUUUUCAUGAUAAACAUUCCUUGUUCUCCAUCUUGGCUCCGGUUGGAAGGCCUCUCUUUGUUGACACGACGACGGCAGCAGGGACUCGGCCGAAUGUGGCCAGAGCAUGUGUUGAAAUUGAUCUCUUGAAACCACCCUGCUCCCGGGUGUGGGUGGCAGUUGAAGGGGAGCCUGGCAAAAAAUUACCAAAGAAGAGCUGCCGAAAUACUGCUCUACUUGUUGGCGCCUGGGCCACUCUGUUGAGGAGUGCAGGAGGGAUACGGAGGAGCGGGGAGCUCCUAGAACUCGAGGCCACUGCUGACAGAAUUCGUGUGGUUGAUACCAGUGGGGAUGGCGGUAUGGAGCGCAGGUCGCUCACGCAGGGGGCUGUCCAGGUUGAUAUUCCAACACAGCAAGAGAAAGCGUCGCAUGGAGUCGCGCAAGAUGCUGGCAAGGUUGAUUCUCAAACGAGGCAAGAGGAAGCGUUGCAGGGAGUCGCGCAAGGUGCUGGCCAGGUGGAUACUCAAGCACGACAAGAGGAAGCGUCACAUGGAGUCCUUGGGUGUGAUGAGAAGCAUCUCAUGGCGGAGGAGCAUGGGUGCAUGCGGCCUGUUGAGCAGGCCUUAUUUCACGCAGUGCAGCAUUCAGUGCAAGAGGAGGUGUUCAUGCUUGCCCAGGGGGGGCAGGAUGUUGUUGAGAACAGCGCCGCUGUUGCCAGCGUCGGGAGGGCGUCAGACCCAGUUGCGGGAGGGGUAGAGGGCUUAGCAGAGGUAAGCACCAUAUGGUGGGCAGCAGCAAGUGAGGAUGGGAAAGCGGCUGAGGGGGAGGAGAACCUGCAACUUCCAUGUGUGGCUGGAAAUUUAUCUCCGAAGGGAGAAGGGCUGGCAAGGACGCAAAGGGCUUCAUCUCUGCUACAACUCAACAUUGAUCAAUCUGCGGUAAUCGAGAAUGCAGCAAAGAUAGCGAGGACAAGGGGUAUACGGGCGAGGUUUCCAUAG